CUCCCAAGAACAAACGAUGCCCUCCAUUAAUGACGAUCUCGGUCAUAUUUGGGUGGAGUUUCAAUGGACUCGAUAUUGUUGCUCAGCAACGUCUAUGUGAGAACCUCUAUACUGAAGGACGUACAGCCGAGGCCACCGACAUCCUCCUCGGUAUCAUCCGGACAUCAAACAAGGAGAGAAAUGAAAUUGUGGUUUGGAUCGCGGACUUCACCAAAAAAUGUGCUGCGAUGCUUGAGCAUGUUGGCGACGAUGCUUUCGGAUCUUCAAAACAUGACGACGCAAUAACACAGUACUCUGCUGCGCUGUCCCUCAAUCCUUCAAGUCUGGCGGUGAAAGCGGAUCCUUCCAGUCCCUGGGGCUACGAGGCCAAGCACGUGGCGCUUCAUGGCGCGAAGCAGUAUGACGACGCGAUCGAAGCUUUCAAGUCCAUGCUACUCAGAAUCGAACAGUCCCAUGACCUGGAAACCAUCCAACUCCGUAAGAAUUACAAUUCACCGUCUGACACGAUCGCGGCUAUCGAUUCUAUCGUCUGCGAGAUCUGUUGUCCCCUGGUCGUCAUCGACGUCACUACUGGUUGCCUUUGCGACGAGACUAAGCGGAUGAGUAUAUUCAAGGCUAAUCCGACAUUCAAAACACUUGUUUCAUCCAUGACGGAAAAAGUGGACAGGACGCAGAUCUGGCCGGUGGUCGAAAGUUUUUUCGGAUACACCAUGUUCUCGCACGCAUGGGAGGGGAAGGAGCCAUCGUUUCAGGAUGUCAACGUAGUCAACUCCGUGUGGGACCUUCCCGACACGCCCCUAAACAAUAAGUUGCGUGUUUUCUGCCAGGAAUCGCGCAGGCUCGGCCAUCAUUGGGCAUGGUCCGAUACGUGUUGUAUCGACAAGUCCACGAGCUCCGUCCUUAACCAAUCCCUCACUUCCAUGUGCAAAUGGCACACGAAUUCGGCGGCAACGCUUGUAUUCCUUGCCGGUGUAGCCCAUCCGUCCAAGCCUGGGGACCUUACGCGUAGUUUCUGGAUGACCCGAGCUUGGACUUUACAAGAACUCCUCUCGCCGAAAGUCAUAUUUUUUUAUGACUCCAAGUGGAAACCAUACCUCGGCAUUACCGGCGUGAACCACAAACAAUCUCCGAGGAUCAUGCAGGAGCUAGCAGACGCUAUAAAGAUUCCCCCCGGAGCCAUCGUCACAUUCUCUCCAGACGAUCUCGGGGUGCGUGAGAAACUUCGUCUCGCAUCGACGCGCAAUGCGAAGUUUGAUGAAGACGUUGCAUACUCUCUGAUCGGCAUAUUUAAGUCUGAUAUCAGGCCUCACUACGGCGAAGGAACGGACGCUCUCGGACAUCUCCUGGAGGAGAUCGUGGCUCGCAUUGGUGAGGUCACCGUACUUGCGUGGUCAGGGAAAUCGUCGUCGUACAACAGCUGUCUCCCGGUUUCGAUUUCCGUUUACGGCCAAAUUCCUUAUAACCCGCCAUCACUCAAAGGGAACGAAAUGGAAAGUUGCAUCGCGAAGCUACGUGACAAUUUUCCCAGACAAAAAGCGCGGAUGAUAUAUAAUAAGAUCAACCACCUGCCCCCCGCCCGUUUUGCAACCCGACGUCUGCACCUUCCAGGCAUCGUCUUCCCUGUGAGAAGUCUCGAGAAGCCAUGCAGAAACAAUGAAAAGUUAUAUCGUGCCCUGGUAUCGGGGCUUGGCGAAGUGGAAUUCACUACCGCAGAUCAGCUCUCGCUCAACGGGACACAGAAAUUCGUCUUCGCGCAUCCGUGGAUCGAUCAUAUCCGAGGCCUGAACAGUGGGGUUACCUGGAAAGAUGAUUCGGAGUCUGAUCCUGGUUCUGACUCGGACGAAGUUGCGCCAUCACACGCUACCCCUGCAGCUCAGGUUGACCACUAUACCCAGGCACUGGAGAUGAUCGCUCGCCUCGGACAGCCAUUCAACGCGUUGCUUCUCGUGCAGCAAUUGAAUGGAACGCACAAGAGGGUCGCUGCCGAUCGGGAGAUUGUCGUCUCGGGACUAGGAACCAACAUCACCUCCAGGCACAUUCGAGUGAAAGUGCUAGAAAUCCUUUGACGUGCAUGUGGGGACUGCUAGUGGUUAAAUCCGGUUUGUAUUUCUUCCUUUAGCGACCAUUUUUGUGUUCGCACUUUCGUGUUGGUUCCGUAGUCUUUGCUCCUCGUCUCCAUCAUACCCCUCCCGACGUCGUUACAUCUGUCGUAUAUAUGCGUGGUCCUAUCCGGGCCAACCAAAGCUACUCUUCGGCCAACGUAACUGACAUGAUAUAUUUGGUGGACGUGCUCCGUCCCGCGUCUUAUCCAAUCAUAUUCGUUUAUGGGUGUCAGGCGCCACCGAAUGUGGGGGAGAUGGG